GAUCUAGCCGAUAAAAAGCAGGAAGUAUUUCGACAUCGACGCGAGCGGCCCGAGAAGAUCGUGCGGCUGGUUUGUGUUGCGUUCACUAGACUGAUUACACUUCCUCGUUGCGUCGACUCCCCUCAGACACCUUCCAACGUUCUCCUCUCCGCUAAAGAAUCACAAUGUCUGGUCUGAUCAAGGCAAAGAAGUAUGACUGGAAGGACUCCAACUUGGCUCUGUUUGGAUCCGACCUGGAGAAGAAUGUCAAGAAGGAAUCUGCAGAGACUGAGAAAGCAUGGCAAGGGUGUGGCAAGUCUGUAGGCCUCAAGAUCUGGAGGAUCGUGAAAUUUCAAGUAAAGAGCUGGCCUGAGGCUGACUAUGGCAAGUUCUAUGAUGGAGACUCUUACAUUAUCUUGAACACAUACAAGGAGGACGACUCAGAGGAGCUGCAGUUUGAUGUCCACUUCUGGAUUGGCCGACACAGCACUCAGGAUGAGUACGGUACCGCCGCCUACAAGACGGUUGAGUUGGACACAUUCCUGAACGAUGCCCCGAUCCAGCACAGGGAGGUUCAGGGUCAUGAGUCAAGUCUGUUCAAGAGCUACUUCAAGACCAUCACUGUGAUGCGAGGUGGUGCGGAGACAGGGUUCCGCCAGGUCAAGCCGGAGGAAUACACACCACGUCUCCUCCAUUUCUCUGGCACCAGGCGCAAUGUGGAGGUCAGGGAGGUUCCACUGUGCAAGUCAAAGGUGAAUUCUGAUGACGUGUUCAUCCUUGACCUUGGUCUUAAGAUCUUCCAAUUCAAUGGCAGCAACAGCAGCAAGGAUGAAAGAUUUAAGGCUAUGCAGUUCUGUCAGGAGCUGGAGUCUGAGAGGAAUGGCCGUGCUAAGGCCGAGGUGAUCGAGGAUGAAUCCACAGACAAGUCGCACGAGUUCUACAAGGCCCUGACUGGUGAGGAUGAUUCUGAUGAUCCCUCGACUGCAGCAGAUCCUGCCAAGGAGCUUUACAGAUUGUCAGAUGCUAGUGGCACUAUUCAAUUCAAACUGGAGAAGAAAGGAGACAUCGCCAGGUCUGAUCUGGACAGCAAGGAUGUGUUUAUUCUGGAUACGAAAUCUGACCUGUUUGUGUGGAUCGGUCAGGACACAUCCAAGAAUGAGAAGAAGACUGCAUUGGAGUUUGCACAUAACUAUCUUAUGAAGAGUGACCACCCUUUCAUCUCUGUGACCUGUGUUGCUGAACGUCAGAGGUCCGCUAGUUUCAACGCAGCAAUUGCUGCAUAAUGGGAUAGCCCACUUCCUGUCACCUGACCUGAGGUUGGACAUCAGCCCUAGACAUUCUACCAUAAGUGCUAUCUGUUUUCAUAUAUGCAUAUGUCUAUCCAUACAACAAUUCUUUUCUCAUGGGUAAAUGUACUUAAGAAAUACUGUGCAAGUGACAAAAAUUGCUAAAAGAACAAAUUCAACACCUAAUUAAAUGCUUCCAUUAAAUGAUUUACUGAUAAUGGAAAGUGCAUUCCUUGGUUUCUUAUCCAGGGGGUAUCAUUUGUGAUAAAACUGUUUUCUCUGAGAUAUUAUGCUGAUAUUGUUUCAAUCAGAAGAUUAACUCACUCAGGACUCCAUGAUCCUUAGCUAUUUUUUUAAAUAAUUCCAAAUUUGUAGUAUUUACAGCUAUAUCAUGUAAGUCCAGGAACAAGACCCAGACAUUUGUACAGAGUGGCGUCCCUUGGCUACCAGGGUCGUUGACUUGCGAGUCAGAAUUGCUGUGAUCUUCAUCCCUGCUUCAGCAGCAAUGAAAAUUGUGCAGAACACUUUUUUCUUGCAUGACCCACCUUGAAAUGUCCAAAAUAUGUUCAAACGAAUCACAAUCACUCACACGUCUAAGUCUCUGCACUGGUGUUUCUUAGGUAUGUUCACCUGAUGUUCUGUUUUCUCUAGAAACAUUUGUAAUGUUGUUACCCCAAAAUUUAGGUUUAUAUCUGUUAUGUUGAUAUGUUUGCCAAAAUCAUUUUUUUUUUAUAUGGAUAUUUAGAAUUUACAGGCAUUCCUGUCCCUCUCUUGUCUAUCAUUUUUUCUUAUUUUAGUUUGUAGAAGUAUUGUGUGAACAUGUUUGUUUGUUUAUCUCCAAAAAAAGUAAACAAUAUGAACAAUCAUUUCAUAUUUACAACUAAAACCACAUGAUUACAAAUGUCUUAAUCUUUGGCUCAAGAAACGUAAGGAAAUGUGUAUUAUAUACAUGUAUGUUUGAAACAGAAAAUCUUCAGAUAGAAGCUCCACAGGGCACGACAAAAAUGUUUUUCAUCAAAAACGUAUUUUCAAAGCUGUCAAGUCAUAAAGGAUUUUGUUAUGUCAGUAGGCAGUAAGUUCAGUUAUACUUAUAAGCAGCCCUGGUUGCAAAGCAAGACCAGUUGUCCUAUUAAAUCAUUAUAAUUUUGACAUGCAUAGAACUAAUGUUAAAACCAGAUGAUUUUUUGCCAGUCAAUCCCGAAAUAUUCAUAUUGCCCUGAAAAGUCAAAUCCUUCACAUGGCCAGUUUGAACAUGAUCCACAUGCUUAUUAGAAACAUAUAAUUUAAUUUCACGUGUCCUCAAAAUCCCCAGAGAAUCACUGUGGGAAAGGGGCCAAGGGGCCUAUCUGAUUCAUUUAACAAAAGGUUAAGGGUGGGUUAUUUCCAAUGAGUGACCACCUGUCCACUGCAAUAAUAUAAACACAAGUAUUUGUGGCACCCACUGACUCAAUCUAGUCACUCAUGAUUGUCUCCCUUUGUUGUACCAGGAAACCACCCAAUAGCGCCACUGUUGGUAUGUUGAGCAUUAAAAAAACAUUCCCUUCACCAGGCCAAUUGGCCAAGCGUUACCAAUGCCAUGACAGUAUUGUUUUCCAGAUAGAAAUUCAAGCCCUUUACCAUUUUAGCGAGUAAUUUUUAUCAUUUGAAAAAGAAGUUUCAAUUUUGAAUCGAUGUGAUUUUUAAUUUAUUAACAAUUAAUUGUUUGUUUGGUUUAUUAACGGCUUCUGAAUGCAGAUUGUUAAAAAUAUACUUGUGACAUUUCUUCAGGAAAGCCAUUUUGUGCCUUCUUUUCAAAUGAUCAGCCAAAAUGCACUUUUUGCAAAAUGAUUAUUCAAGUCAUCUUUUAUUGUUUUUUUUGUUUUGUUACAAUAGAUUUGUUAGGUGUUCUAGAUAAAGAGAUUUUUCUAGUCCAGCCAAGUUAGCUCAAGGUUUGUACCAUUCCAUCCUAAUGUUACACAGAGGUAAAAGAAUUGUAUUUAUGACAGCUUCACCAAAAUAGUAGGAUGGUGCCAGCUCAAAAAGAGAAUGAUUGAUUAUGUACCUUGAUUAUGAAAUUAUAAUUAUUUAAUUGAAAUUUCGAUAUUCUGCCUGAUACAGCUCAUCGAUGAUACAUAUCGGGGGGAAAAGAAAUAUGGUAAUAUUGGAAAUUGGAAACUAAAACAGAAGAUUUGUUAAUCAUGAUUUUUUUGUCUUACCUUAAUAUGUUGUUUACCAUCAUAAGGAAUUAGUCAGCCAAGUGAGCCUUUGGUCUAAAGAUUCUACUUGUGUGCUACUGUAGACAUAUUUUGUUUGAAAAACAUUUUACCUUCAUGGGUACAAUAUUGUCUCAAAUUUUACGGAUUUGAUUUGUGUAUUGACAUUUACACUCAAUAGAAUAAAGACUUACCAUAA